GCGGGAGAGCGCCAGGAAGGGCAGAUGGUUCCCCCACUCUGAGCUCCUCCCUGCCGCGCUCGCCGGGUCGAGGCCACUCGCAGGGCUGAAGCCUCUCCGCGCGUGGGGCCCAGCGCCCUGGCCCUCCCGGGUGUAGUCCCGGUCCUGCCUCUGCGGGGCCCGAGCCCGCCCACCGCGCCGGCUGGCCAAGGUGUCCCAGCUGCUCCUUGGCGCCCCCUGGCCCAGCUCCCGCGCCCGAGGUUUCCGGUGAGCGGCAGUAGCCGGUUAUGACGACUCCCUCCCCUGGAACAGCCGCCGUCUCCUCCGCCUACUCCUCGGUAAUCACCGCUGCACCGGCUCCAGGCCUGUGGAAAUCGAAUCAAGUGUUUCUGGAGUGGAGUGAGUCCAGCUGCUUUGAUCUGAAGAAAAAGUAAGCUGGCCACUAAAGCGUCCCUGUGCUGGAGGAGUGCAGCCACCCUUGCCCGCGGGCCUUGCAGGAGGACGGACACCAGGAAGGCUUUGUGCCAGGCCCAGCAGCCACCCCCAGCCGCCUUAUGCAAGUGGGUACAUGCCCUCGCCAGACGCCAGCUUUCUGAUCUGCGUCUUUAGAUGUUUUCCCUCGCCUAAGCGUUACUUCUCCACUGAUCGGUUUUAGAGACCGGAAACAUCACAGAAGCUUCUGAGUGGUUCUGAAGAUUGAAGAGAGUCUCCCUCGCAUUGCCCAGGCUGGAGUGCAGUGGCGAGAUCUGCAGCCUUGACUUCCCAGUCUAAAGUGAUCCUCCCACUUCAGCUGGGACUACAGCUGAUUUUUUGUAUUCUUAGCAGAGACCGGGUUUCAUCACAUUGCCCAGGCUGGUCUUGAACUCAGGGACUCAAGCAAUCUGCCAGUCUCGGUCUCCCAAAGUGCUACUAUUAAAGGCCUGCAGUCUGUUUCUAAAGGCUCCAUCUUCAUAGCCCAUAAUCAAUGAAGACUGAUUUCGAAAGAUGGGUUUUCCGGUAUGACCCAGGAAACAGCAGUCGUAGCUGAUGAACAUCCAAUGUAUAUUAAGACUCUGUCAUCCAGUGGAAAGAGCACUUAAAAAAAAAAACAACAACAAAAAAACAAAGAUCCCACUAAAGUGACCUGAGAAUGGCAGGAUCAUUGUCUGGGAUAUAUAGGAGAAAUCUGGUCCAAGAGGUUUAACACUUAUUGGGUUUGCAGGUUGCUAUGUUAAUGUUGCUUGUCUUUGGAGUCUUACUUCAUGAAGCCUCACUGAGUGGUCAGAAUGAAGCUCCUCCUGAUACUCAGAGCACUCCAGGCGAACCUCUGUAUGACUAUGCCAGCAUCCGCUUGCCAGAGGAGCACAUUCCCUUCUUUUUGCACAACAAUAGGCAUAUUGCCACUGUCUGUAAGAAAGACUCUCUUUGUCCAUAUAAGAAACACCUAGAAAAGCUGAAGUACUGCUGGGGUUAUGAGAAAUCCUGCAAACCAGAGUUCAGGUUUGGUUACCCAGUUUGCAGCUACGUCGACAUGGGAUGGACGGACACUCUUGAGUCAGCUGAGGACAUAUUUUGGAAACAAGCUGACUUUGGAUAUGCCAGAGAGAGGCUGGAGGAGAUGCAUGUGCUCUGUCAGCCUAAGGAAACGAGUGACUCAAGUCUGGUGUGUUCCCGUUUUCUUCAGUACUGCAGAGCAGCCCAUCUCUACCUUGAUUUAAGAAACGUCAAGAGAAAUCAUGACAGAUUUAAGGAGGACUUUUUCCAGAGUGGUGAAAUUGGAGGGCACUGUAAACUUGACAUCCGUACAUUGAUGUCUGAAGGUCAGCGCAAAAGCCCUCUGCAGUCAUGGUUUGCUGAGCUACAAAGCUAUACUCAGCUCAACUUCAGACCUAUAGAAGAUGCUAAAUGUGACAUUGUCAUUGAAAAACCAACAUAUUUCAUGAAAUUAGAUGCAGGUGUUAACAUGUAUCACCACUUCUGUGAUUUCAUCAAUCUUUAUAUUACCCAGCACGUUAAUAACUCAUUCAGUACGGACGUGUACAUCGUGAUGUGGGACACCAAGUGCCUUUUACCUCCCACCAUGAUUCUGAGGCUUCCCCAGCCAUGUGAAACUAAGUGUCUUUCACCUCCUGCCAUGGUUCUGAGGCCUCCCCAGCCAUGUGGAAUUAGUUCUUACGGAUAUGGUGACCUAUUCUCCGACACAUGGAAUGCAUUUACUGAUUAUGACAUUAUACAUUUGAAAACUUAUGAUUCCAAAAGGGUAUGUUUUAAAGAAGCUGUUUUUUCAUUACUCCCCCGCAUGAGGUAUGGGCUGUUCUAUAAUACUCCUCUGAUAUCUGGCUGUCAAAAUACUGGACUAUUCAGGGCAUUUUCCCAGCAUGUGCUACACAGACUAAACAUCACACAAGGAGGACCCAAGGAUGGAAAAAUUCGAGUCACCAUUCUCGCACGGAGCACAGAAUACCGGAAAAUCCUAAACCAAAAUGAGCUUGUAAAUGCACUGAAAACAGUAUCUACAUUUGAAGUCCAGAUUGUUGAUUACAAGUAUAGAGAACUUGGGUUUUUAGAUCAACUAAGGAUCACACACAACACGGACAUAUUUAUUGGAAUGCAUGGAGCUGGUCUGACCCAUUUGCUUUUCCUUCCAGACUGGGCUGCUGUAUUUGAACUGUACAACUGUGAAGAUGAACGCUGUUACUUAGACUUGGCCAGGCUGAGAGGCGUUCACUACAUCACUUGGCGACGGCAGAACAAAGUCUUUCCUCAGGAUAAGGGCCACCAUCCAACCCUGGGGGAGCACCCGAAGUUCACCAACUACUCUUUCGAUGUAGAAGAAUUUAUGUAUCUUGUCCUUCAGGCUGCAGACCACGUAUUGCAACACCCAAAGUGGCCAUUUAAGAAGAAACAUGAUGAGCUAUAAAUAUGUUGAGUCUGUUUGCAAAAAGAGAGUGUUUCAACACUCCAGCACCCAGACUUAGAAUUAAAUCAGUAAAGCAACCUGUUAUUUCCUAUCCCCGAAUUACCUUUUCUAUGCCAAAACAUACCUUCAGGAUAUUGUUAUGUGUUUUAUAGACGUUAAGUGUUUCAUGUGGUUUUUGUGUCGUUGCUAUUUAUCAAUAGCAGUAAUUUUGCACUGAAAACUUUUUAUAGUUCAAAAAUUGAGCAUGGACUUCCCGGUAUACUUUAACUUACUUUCUUUCUUUCUUUCUUUCUUUCUUUCUUUCUUUCUUUCUUUCUUUCUUUCUUUCUUUUUUUCUUCCUUCCUUCCUUCCUUCCUUCCUUCCUUCCUUCCUUCCUUCCUUCCUUCCUUUCUUUCUUUCUUUCUUUCUUUCUUUCUUUCUUUCUUUCUUUCUUUCUUUCUCUCUCUCUCUUUCUUUCUUUCUUUCGUUGUCUUUCUUUCUUUCUUUCUUUCUUUCUUUCUUUCUUUCUUUCUUUCUUUCUUUCUCUUUCUUUCUUUCUUCCUUCCUUCCUUUUCUUUCUUUCUUUUUUUUUUUCUUUGGAGACAGAGUCUCACUGUCACCCAGGCUGGAGUGCAGUGGCAUGAUCUCAGUUUAUGCAACUUCUGCCUCCCAGGUUCAAGCCUUUCUUUUGCCUCAGCCACCUGAGUAGCUGGGAUUACAGCCUGCACCACCACGCCUGGCUAAUUUUUUUUUUUUUUUCUUUGUUGAGACACAGUUUCACUCUGUCACCCACGCUGGAGUGCAGUAGCAUGAUCUGGGCUCACUGCAACCUCUGCCUUCUGGGUUCAAGUGAUUUUUGUGCCUCAGCCUCCCAAGUAGCUGAGAUUACAGGCGUGCACCACCACACCCAGUUAAUUUUUGUAUUUUUGAUAUAGAUGGGAUUUCACCAUAUUGGCCAGGCUGGUCUCGAACUGUGGGUUCAAGAAAUCCUCACACCUUGGCCUCCCAAAGUGCUGGGAUUACAGGUGUGAGCCACCACGCAUGGCCCUGAACUUUCUCUUUUUAGGGAUACCAAAGUUUUCAACUUUUUCAGCUUUAGAAUUUGUAAAUAUUUUUGUAGAAUAUCAUAUGACUGUAAUUCCAGAGUGUUCCAGGUUGUUUAUGAUAUAUUUGGGUAAAUUUACAAUUGUUCUUUUAUUUGCCGUAAUCUGGUUAUAACGCUGUUAGUGGUAGGAAAGGAAAACAUACAAAACAUAAUACACACACACACGCAGAGUUGUGAUUCUCAGUACCAAGCUGUAGGACCAUGUUAUAGAUCAGAGUUUAGUCACCUCCCGGUUAUAUGCAUCAAGAGCCUGAAUAUAUCAUGCCACUAUAUUAAUUUAUAUUUACAGGUUUCAUAAUUAAAUCACGUUUUCAUAAAAUGUAGCAACUACAUGUGAUAAAAGCAAAUUAGAACAUUCUGUAGGACUGUUUUGCAUACCUUCUAUCUGGUUUCCACUGAUUCCUUCUUAGCCAUGGAGAGCAUUUGUGAUUAAUUAAUUUAUAUAUGAAAUAAUGGUUUCCAUUUUAUGCGAGUAUUUGUAACUGCAUAUACCAGUACGUGUGCAUCUACCUCUAUCAGCAUGAAAGUAUUCCAGUCUUUAAUUUCAAAAACUUCAAAUUAGCCUCAUGAAGAGAAUUUUUCCCUAUGAAAAAUAAGACCAAGAAAAAACAAAAGACGUGUGACUUAUUCAAUGAAAGUGAAAAAGAAGCCAUAAGAAAGUAUCAUUGAUUAAAAAGAAUAUCUGAAAUGUAGCCCUACUCUUUUAAUGGGAUUCGCUUCCUGCUGCUUAUGAACUUUCAAUUUAGUAGUCAGAAACCAUGGAUUCAUUUGACUGCACAAUGUGAAGUUUACAUUUUAUUAACACUUGAGUAGUCUAAUUCAGAGACGAGUUACUUCUAUUUUUAAAAUAAUGGAGUAGCAAAUUACAGAAUAGCUAAAUAAUUUUUAAAAACAUUUUACAGUUGUAAAAAAUAUGCAUCAGAAAAAUGACACACAAAACAAAAUAUCUGGACCUUUAUAGAAGAUGCUUGCUGACCCCCACUUUAAAGGAUUUGAACAGUCUUCUAGAAUUGAGGAAUAUUUAUUAAAAUACCUAUAAAGAAAACAGUGAAUCACUGUAGCAAUAGCUUUGAUUCAGACCUUAAAAUCAUAUAAAAAGAAUUACAACAUGUUACGGAUUUUUUUUUAAGGUUUCCUGUUAUGUUUACUUUUUUUUAAUCUUUUUAAUUAUACUUUAAGUUUUAGGGUACGUGUGCACAAUGUGCAGGUUAGUUACAUAUGUAUCCAUGUGCCGUGUUGGUGUGCUGCACCCAUUAACUCGUCAUUUAACAUUAGGUAUAUCUCCUAAUGCUAUCCCUCCCCCCUCCCCCCCUUUUUUAAUUUUAUUAUACUUUAAGCAUGUUACGGAUUUUUAAAUGACAGGUAUUGCAACUUUUUGUUUGUGCAAAAUACUGAGUAACCACUGGGAAAAUAUUUCAGAUGAAAGGAAUGACAAAAGCAUGUUGCACUUUACAUCAGCAAGGCAUUGACAUCUGAAAGAAAAGUUUCACCGUUUGUCCUCUUACCUCAUUUUAAGAAGAGUGUGAAAAUGGGAUGCUCUAGACUAGUGAGAAUUUCAGAAAUUGAGAACAAUUUCAUAAUAAAACUGCUAUAUUUGAAGAGAGAAUACAUUUUAUAUAAACAGGAAAAUACAUUUGACACUUUAUGGAAUUAACUUUUAUGAGACUUUGUGGGAACAGAAGGUCUUCAAAUUGUAAAAUGUAAAGAUUGCUCUUUUUAUUAAGUCUUUAACAGGGAUGUAUAUCAUUGUAUGUUUUGGGUAUGGCUUUGGAAUAAAUCAUUUUAUAUUUUAUUUGAA